AUGGAAAUAGUCAGAUUCAAUAAUCAUUGUGCUACUUACAACUUCCAGGUAGAAACAAUUGAAGACUAUGAUGAAUAUUGUCACCAUGUAGCUAGAAUUAUUGGAUUAGGGUUUUUGAAGUUAAUUCGUGCCUCUGGAAUAGAAGAUUUUCCACCGGAUAAAGUUUUCCACUCAAUAUCUGUAUUUGCUCAGCUCAGAAAUGUACCAAAGUCGCUUCAAAACCUGCGUAUGUCUUGGAGACUUAAAAUUGGAGAAAACUCGAUCAAGGCAGUAAACUGCCUGAACGAGAUGAUAAUGAAUGCUUUGAUACACACAAAUGAUUGUUUGAGGUACAUUUCUACAAUGCAACAUCCAACUAUCUUUCAGUCUUGUGCAAUGGUACAGAUAAUAUACUACUCAGAGUUGGUCAUUAAGGUAAUUGAUCUUCUGCUACCUUCCUUUGUCCAAGGUCUCUUGCGAGGACCUGGGAAUCUGAGGGGGCAGUGGCUUGAACAGGUCAUCACCCCUUCGACCCUCUUUCAAAGGUGUGCUGGGGCCAUUAAUGGGGUAUGGCCUGUUGAGAUAAGUGCAUAUAGGAGAUAG